ACCUCGAGUGUAAGGAUGUGGGUCCCCGUGGCAGGGCUUUCUCGGCGGCUGACGCUGUCCGCCUUUUCCGGUGCUGGUCGCUUUUGCCUUUGGAGGUCCGGAGCGGCGAGGGGGAAGGACGUCGCGGCCAGGAACUUGUCUGACUUCCAGCCGCAACCCAGUGAGGGUUUCAGAGAAUUGUCCUCGGGGGUGUCCAAGAGCCGCUUAGAGUCCAAGCGUUACAUACUCAGUCCGAGGCUGGCUGAGACCUUGGUGCAGUUCCUGCUGAAAAAAGACGGUUGCAACCUAAUCCUGGAAUUCAAUCCAGGUCCUGGAAUCCUGACUCAAGCAUUACUUGAAAGAGGUGCCACAGUGAUUGCUCUUGAAAGUGACAAAGCUUUUAUUCCACAUUUGGAGUCCCUAGGAAAAAAGCUGGGUGGAAAACUACACUUGAUCCACUGUGACUUCUUUAAACUUGAUCCUAGAAGUUUUGGAGUAGUAAAGCCUGUUGUGAAUUCAAAGUUGCUUUUUCAGAAUUUUGGAAUAGAAACACUUCGUUGGUCAGAAGGUAUCCCUUUAAAAGUAGUUGGAAUCUUCCCAACUAAAAAUGAGAAAAAGAUGAUGUGGAAACUUUUACAUGAUGUAUAUUCCUGUACUUCUCUAUAUCGAUAUGGACGAGUAGAACUAAAUUUGUUUUUUAAUGAAACGGACUGCCAGAGGAUAUUGGCAAAUCCCCAGAACCCAAACAUGUACUAUGCAGUGAGUGUGCUCUGGCAGGUGGCUUGUAAGGUUAAGCUUCUGCAUAUGGAGCCUUGGUCAUCAUUUGACAUAAGCACCCAAAGUGGCCAACUGGGAAAGCCAGAGAGCACGGAAUCAUUAGAACAACAAAUACAACAAAACCUGUGUUUUAUUCAAUUUACUCCUUAUAGAAAUUUAUUUACACAAAAUUUAACACCUGUUAACUAUGAUGUAUUUUUUCACAUGGUAAAGCAGUGUUUUUUGAAGCGUAAUGGCAAGCUAAUAAACCAUUUAAAUUCAUUGAGUCCAAUUGAUGCAAUGGAUAUAUUGAAGAAAAUAAAACAAGAGAAAAGAACAAAAAUAAUAGAUAUGUAUCCUUCAGACUUUAAACGGCUUUUUGAAACUAUAGAAUGUUCCAAAAGUCAUACCUGUAAGUGGCUAUAUAAUGACUUCAUGGAAGAGGUAGUCAUAUAGGGAACUGGACUGCCAAGACUGUAGCUGGAACAGCUUAUUUUAUUUGGAAAUUAUGACACAAAUGAAAAAGAACUAAGUUUUUAAAGCUCACGUUCUUUCAACAGAAGGGAACUGUUUUGUUUUGCACAAACAAGGCAGAUGAUUUCUUCUGAAGUUGAUACCAUUAGUACAUUAGAUAAAACAACGGCUGCUAUUUUAUUCAUCACUGAGUACCAUGAAGACGUAUCUACUGUCAACGUACUUGCAGUUGUAUGGAAUUACCAGAUGAAAUUUACUUUUAAAAAUCCUUUUAGCCAAAUACUUAUAUUGUAUUAAUUUAAAUGUUCCACUUUCACUUGAUUUUUGCAUCCUCCAGGGGGGCAAAAAGUUGGUUCAUUUUUAAGCUUAGAAAGUAAAUAAAACUGAUUUAAGUGGUUUGUUUUA